AUGGCGAAGUCGAGCAUCCUUUCUGCCGUCCUGCUGGUCGCAUUUUUGGGCUCCACCCUCUCCUUCGUGGGCCUGCGCUCGGCGCCCCGCCAGGAGAGCCGCACGGCGCUGCGGGGACAAGCCGGCGCCUCUGCCACGCCAUGGACGCCAGUCCUCAGCCGUGACGUGGUGGAGAUCGAGUUUACCGCUCCUGCGCAAGGGGCUCGCUGCCGCUUCAUGAUCAAGGCUGAUGCAGAUGUGAGCGAGGUGCUGUCCGAGGGCCGCAAGAGGCUGGGCUUUGACCAGGCCUGGAUGCCGGACUCCGACUUCAAGAUCUACAACUCCGAGGAUGAGGAAGCCGGCCCUUUGAAGGGCAAGAUGAAGGACAAUGGCCUUGUCGACUUCACUUACGAGGUCCACCUGUACUACGAACCUCAGUGA